GUGUAUUUGAAGGACCAUUUAUACUUACCUGGUCGGUUCUGAAAUUUCCGGAGUAGACAUGAGGAAUCAAACGGGCAAUUAUGUCUGGGCAGUUUGCCUUGUUGUAUUGCACGGGCUUAACCUCUUGGACCUUACAGUAGCUGCAGAGAAAAUGUGCACUGACAAUGUACCCUCUGUGAAAAGAGGAGUUAAAUUGGUCAAUGCUCAAAUCCUCUCCACUAACGCCAGUGGACUGAUGGUCUGUGCACGCUACUGUCUUGGGAAAAAGUAUUGUGAGUCAUUCAACUAUAAUGAGGGACAAAAUCAGUGUGAUCUGAACUAUAAGUCAUCUGACAGCACAGACGCAAACAUGGAAAGUAUAUCAAGCUUUCUCUUCUCUGACAUUCAACACUGGCCACAGCGACUUGCUGCAAUGUGUACCAACCAUGUGUGCCCUCUCAAUACCAUUUGCAUUCCAGCAGGAGAACCAGUUUGUGAGGUGUCUGGUUGUUUAACGUCUCAUCUCCAUGCCAUUCCCAAUGCCGUCUUGAACACCACAGUUUCUGCUCGUGAACUUCCAAUAGGAACUACUGUCAAGUAUGUGUGUGAAUCAGAUUUCUACCCAGAAGCCAGUGCAUCAUGUGGACUGAGUGGUAAUUGGUCAUUCACAGAUUGCCGUUUAGCCGUACCAUCCUCAUGUCGUGAGGUGAAGCAGUGUGCGCCGACCAGUGGAGAUGGGGAAUACUGGAUUAGGUUGCCUAACUUCGACUUCUACAGAACUCGCGUCUACUGCAACAAUAUGAGUAGCGGGAACCCAAAGGAGUAUCUUACACUUAAAUAUAAAAAUUAUGGUAUUUUUCCUAAUAAGACUAACAAAGUUUGCCAAGGAGAAACAAAUCUGUAUCCCACCUGUGAAGGGCGUGAUGGAGAAGUAUGGUACUCGAAAAUAAGAGUUCAUCCAGUCACAAUGCAUGUGAUUGUUGACGACACCACGUAUGCAAACAUUUCACAAACUCCUCCGAGGUAUGGCUAUGCAAAAGAUUGUUAUGCUAAACAUGAAGAUUUCAAUGUGAGUUCUUGUGGGGCUAAAGGAGAAUUCACCAUCGAUCUGCGAGGAACAGGAUGGAUUGUUUCACCCGAGCAACAAUGGAAACUGACAGGCUACAAAUCAGCCUUAGAGACUUUGUCAAGGAGUGCUGAGGGGGCUGUUAUUCAUAUCAAAUGCGGCGGGUUUGGAGGAGGUUGUGUACCCAAUGGUACAUUGUCGUUGGUACCGAAUGUGUUAGACAAUAUAACAGAAAGUUCUGCUGACAGGUACCAGUGCAACUGACGAAUUCUGAUACUGUAAACGCUCUAAUUAAUUCUGUGAACUGUAAAUUAAUCUAAACUACUCCAAACAAGCACCGUAAAACUGACAAAAUUCAUAGACUCUUUUAAGGAAAUACAAAUUUCGAAUAAUGCCCUACCCUUCGUCCAUUAAGUUAACAAUCAGAUGUUAUUUGGUAGAUAUUUCAUUCAUCUUGAUCCCUGUGACAUUCGGUUUUGCCAGUCACUGGAUCAUGGUACAAGUACAGUGUCAAUCGUAAAAGUGACCGUAUUCCAUUUCAGUUCAGUUAGGUUUUGAAUUUAUACUAUUCUUUCAGUCGCCCGUGAACAAAAGUUGAAAAUGGUAUUUAAUCAAACUUAUAUGGUUAAUGUGCUCAAUCACGUAGCAUUUGUGUGUCGUGUCGUGACUGAGUGAGUGAGUUGGUUUUAAUGAUGUCUUCUGUGUGUGUUUCUAGUCAGAGCAUGCCAAGAGGACAUUUUGAAUUUAGCUGAUUAAAAAUGAAUGCAUUGACAUUUCAGAUAGGAAUUAUGAUUUUAAGAUCCCUAUGAUUUUAAGUGGUUAAGACAAGUUGGCAUUUACAAGCAGCAUGCUUUUAGCGUUUUCAAAGAUACAAAGCAAAAGCUUCUCUGUUGCAACUUGAACUUGUAUGUGAGAUGACACGCGAAUUUCUUGGUAAAUAUAUAAAUCUUAGAUUUCAAAGCUACUGAUAAAACAAGUGAAAGUUCACACAUAACAUUGGUCACUAAUUCAUUAUUCUUUUCUUUAGGGGAAAAUUUUAUAUCUACCAGUGUCUACAUACAUACAGUGUAUUGGACAUCGAAAACGUCAAUGAACUUUCAAGGAUUAGCAUCCAGAAACAAAUUUUACAGAAUAUUAAACAAUCAAAC